AUGUCGGAGUUGGAAGAGAGGGUCGAGACACUAGAGGCUGAAUUGCAAGAGAACAUCUCAGAGGCAAAAAAAAAGUGGCUGAAGGAGGGAGACAAUAAUACUAAGUUCUUUCGUGCAAAGUCUCAUAUGGAGCCUCUACCCGACUUGUCAGAGUUUAUUUGGGAGACUAUUUCUUCUGAUGACGAGGAUCAAUUGUGUAAGGCACCUACUGAAGAUGAGAGGCUAUAUAAUUUGGGUGCUAGAAAAUUAAUUGUGGCAAAUGUGGGGCCUAUUGGGUGUAUCCCAUAUCAAAGGGAGAUAAAUCCAUCUGCAGGGGAUAACUGUGUGGCUUUUCCCAAUCAACUUGCAGAAAUGUUUAACAGCCAAUUGAGGGGUCUUCUGACAGAGUUGAAUGCAAAUCUUCAACGAUCAAAAUUCAUUUAUGCAGAUGUAUACCACAUAGUUGGGGAUAUUAUUCAGAACUACCAAUCAUAUGGAUUUGAGAAUGCAAAUUCUGCUUGCUGCUAUGUUGCGGGUCGAUAUGGAGGACUUAUACCAUGUGGUCCACCAUCGAAAGUGUGUGCAGAAAGAUCCAAGUAUGUUUUCUGGGAUCCAUACCAUCCAUCUGAUGCUGCAAAUUCCAUUAUAGCUGAGCGUGUGUUGGAUGGAGAUUCAACUGUUAUUUGGCCUAUGAAUGUAAGACAGUUAAUGAAAUCACAGCCGUAGGAUUAAUAGGCUAUUAUAUCGAGGCGAUAGACAAAAAAGGCAUUAAGGAUGGAACUUGCAAAGUCGAUUGUGCACUAGUUGGAGAAACUUCUUUAUAUUGGAUUGGAUUUGGAUAAA